UUUUAGGUCUGGAGAUUUUUAAUAAAUUUUGCUGACGUUCUGGGGCUUUGGCCAUUUAUGCUAGAUGAAUUUGUUCAAGCUUUUCAUGAUUAUGAUCGAAGGUUGUUAGGGGAGAUUCAUGUAGCUCUUCUAAGAUCCAUAAUUAAAGAUAUUGAGGAUGUAGCAAGGACACCCUCUUCGACUGGGCUGGGAGUAAAUCAAAAUGCUGCUGCCAAUCCUGGAGGUGGCCAUCCACAGAUUGUUGAAGGGGCGUAUGCUUGGGGCUUUGAUAUACGCAACUGGCAGCACCACUUAAAUCCAUUGACCUGGCCUGAGAUAUUGCGACAAUUUGCUUUAUCUGCUGGAUUUGGGCCAAAAUUGAAGAAAAUGAGCAUUGAAAAAACAUAUCUUAGUGAUGAAUUAAGGACAAGUUUUGGUAUAAUUCAGCAUAAGCAUAUAUAA